CCCUUUCUCCCCUGGCUCGUCUCUGUGAAUGGUUCCUCCCGACUCGUAGAAUGCUUCUGAGUGCCCUUCGUUAGGCCUCGUCUGGUCGAAGGCAGGUUUAGGCCUAGUGACCGGUGGGAGUAGGUAUCUUUUGAGAAAAAGGAGGAUAACUAUGGUGAAUAUUAUUCAACUUGUACGAGAUCACUGGCCCAUGACAUUGGUUCCUUUAGGAUUUGUGCUGGGAAUAUACUUUGACAGGGUGAAUGAUGAGAAACUGGCACUCUUCAAAAACAAGAGCAAGUUAUAUCAAAGGGAAUUGAAACCUGGUGAAGAAGCAUGGAAAUAAUGUAUCAAAUGAGAAAUGCUUCCAUAUAAUAAAAUUUGCUAGUAUCAUAAUGUAACAAACAUCUUUUGUCAUUCCCCUUGUUUCAGUAUUUGAUCUCUGAACAAAUAUUUAGGUAUAUUCCAACCAAAGUCAGUAUCCCAAUAUAAGAGACUGCCACUGCCCCAUCAACGUGCUCCAGCCCUUCAGUCAGCUUCAGAGGCCUAUUCUCAGGCCCGUCUCUUAGCCAAAUAACUUUAGCAGAUAGCAGUGACAGGGCCUUUUUGGAGCAUCUGCAAAUGUAGAAUUCCAUCUGUAGGGCGAUCUGAUAGCAUUAUUUUCUUCUGGUAUUUAAAUAAAAGCAUCUUGACCACCA